CUCGUCGAGCGCUGUAGCUGUUCGUUCGCCGCGUUUCACGUCAAUUCAGUCUGCUCCGAAACUUUGGCCGAUAAAAGUGGCGGAAAAGCUUCCGCUUCCAGUUUUUUAGUAGUGAUAGGCCGGUGCUCUAUUAUCAAACAGCAAACAUACGAUAAAAUCAUGCAAGAGACGUAUCUGUACGAUCCCAGCUUACUGCUGAAGCUCGACUUUCAUCGCACUCCGGCCACGUUCAAGCCAUUCAUAUCAGCAACCAAUCCCGGCGAGCCAUGGAUGAAGGUUCGCCCCCUCAAGGACACCGACUAUGAUCGUGGCUUCCUGCAGCUGCUCUCCCAACUGACACACGUGGGGAAUGUCAAUCGCACACAGUUUUUAACCCGCUUCUCGCAGAUGAAGGCCAGCGGGGACUACUUUGUCACGGUUAUAGAGGACACACGCAAAAAUGAGAUUAUUGGAGCUGCCUCUUUGGUGAUUGAGCGCAAGUUCAUCCACAAUUGCUCAGUGCGUGGGCGACUGGAGGAUGUGGUGGUCAAUGAUACAUAUCGUGGGAAGCAACUGGGCAAGCUCAUUGUGGUCACCGUCUCGCUGCUGGCCGAAGAACUUGGCUGCUACAAAAUGUCGCUGGACUGCAAGGAUAAGCUGAUCAAGUUCUACGAAUCUCUGGGCUAUGUGCUCCUACCCGGCAACUCCAAUUCGAUGACCAUACGCUAUGAUGAGGGCACGACGCUGAAGCGCAAUACCACCUCCGCUAUGGCUGGCUCCAGCUCUGCUGCAGGGGGCGACUCUUGCCAAACUAACUCUCAAUUUUAUAACUUUUUCUCUCCUUUCUGCUACUGAAUGUGCGGCGGGGCGCUCUCAACUCACAACUUGAAAGGUAGUCGUUAUAUUACCCUUUAAGAGCACCUUCAUAAAGUAGCAUUAACAUUGAUAUACAUUGAGACAUAAAUAUACCUAAAAACUAA